AAGCGCUCGAGCGACCCCCCCCCCCCGGGGGAGUAGCGACGGCGCGCCGGCCUGCGACGGCGGCCUUCUUCUUCGGGCGGGUGCCGCUGCGCUGCGUGGCGCGAUGGCGCGGGGGCUGCGAGGCAUAUGGGGAGUCAUUUCUGCAGAAGGCGUGAUAUCCGCAGAGGGGCUUGAGAACAUCGCGAACCAUAAGUACAAGUCUGGCCAGUACACGCCGCUGGAUAAUCUGUUCAAUCCCAUGUGGAUGUGGCUGACCGAGUGCCUGCCCGCGUGGCUCGCGCCGAACCUCGUGACGCUCCUCGGGUUCAUUCCGAUGGUGGCUGGCUCUCCUGGUCGCCUUAUCCGGCUUCUUCUACCAGACCAUGGACGCGAUGGACGGGAAGCAGGCGCGAAGGACGGGCUCGUCGUCGCCCAUGGGCCAGCUCUUCGACCACGGGUGCGAUUGUCUGGCCUCCCCCCGCCCUCGCACCACUGCACGGCGCAGAUCGCCUGCCUGGUCGGCCCCACCCGCCUCUACAUCAGCACCCUCAGCGCCUUCCAGUUCGGCUUCUUCCUGGCCCAGUGGCAGGAGCGCUACACGGGCGUUCUGCCCACGGGCGUCGGGCCAGUGGGCGUCACGGAGGCGCAGUACUUCCUGAUGGUGCUCGCCCUCCUAGCCGCGGUCGGGGGCCCCGAGCCGGUGCUGAGCGCCACGACGCGCGAGACCAUCUCAAUGGGAUUCAACGUCUUCAUGGUGCCGAUGGUGGCCAUCGUCAUGACACAGACCAUGUGGCAAGCCUGGAAGGCCACGCCGAACCGGCUGUUGGAGGCCAACCGCGACCUGCUGCCGGCGUCGGCGAUAUUCAUCAUGUCGCUGCUCGUGCCCCUGCACACGCUGGAGUACUCGCCGCGGAGCGUCUCCCUGCUCUCCGGCCUCCUGUUCUUCUACUACACGGCGCAGAUGAUAGUGUUCUCCAUGGCGCACAUGGCGUAUCCCGUGUGCCAGCCGACCCUGCUGAUAUUCGCGGCGCUGGUGGGCAUCUCGCACGCGCUGCCGACCAGACAGUUCGAGGUGCACCUGGCCUUUUCAGCGUCCACGUGUGCCGUGGCCGCCAUCGUCGCCAGAUGGCUGGUGGUGGUGAUAUUGGAGCUGAAGGGUAAGCUCGGCAUCAACAUCUUCUCCAUCGGUAAGUCAACCGCCAGCAGCACGAAGACGUCCUAAGAAGACUGCGUGGUGCCGAUGCAGGUUUUUCCGCUGUUCCUGCAAUGUCACAAGCACUAAGCUGCUGACAUUGCACGCUGGUCCGCCUGCUGCAGUGGCACCAGUCUUGACUGGGUAACGUUGUGCUCAUUCGCUAUUUCUUGAAGUCGCAGUCACAUUUGUGUUCCUCGAAGCUUUUUGCUGAUAUCCGCAGCCGCUGUGUCUUGUGUUAAUUAUGUCAGCCGCCGUGACCUUGGAGGCGCUCGUCUUCGCUGUGUCUGCUUCCGACCCUCACUCGGGACGCAGUCGCGCGGCUGUUCGCGUCGGGCUUCGCGUGCUUUCAGUGGAGACGCGCAUCUCGGCGCGGCAUUGUUGCGGGCUUUGCGGGCGACGCGGCGUUUCCCGCGCGUCGGGCGGGCGCGCGCGCGCUGCUCGCAGCGGACGCAGUCCCCGUGAUGACCACGUGCCGCCUCGCAGCCCGACCGGGCGGCGCGUCGCCGCCGUGCAGCUUGAAGAGGGACGUGGUGCUCAGCGAGCUGCCUCGUCGCGCGCACCUCGAGCGGAGGCACCAUGCACAGGUCAAGCUUCCCAGCUCUUUCUCGGUGCAGAGUGCAUCUGGCACUGCGCAGACCGCGGAAAUGGGGGUGCCAGACGUCUCUAGGUGAGA